AUGUUUGGAUUAUUAGCAGCAUUGAGUUCACUUCCGAAACAACGUGAAGGUCGUGAAGCAUUAAAUUAUGAAAAUUAUAUUCGUACAGGUCAAGGAUUUCCAUCAAAUAAGAUUUAUCGUGAAUCAUCAGUAGAUAAACGAACACGUAAAGAAUUAGCUUCUAUUCGAUAUAAAGAACGAUUACAACAACAAGUAAAAUUUGUACGUUUAAUGAAAAAACUUUUAAUUAAAAUUGAUCAUGAAACAUCGAAUGAAGAGAUUGAUGAAGAAUUAGAACAAAUGCGUAAUAAAGUUGUUCAACUUGAACUUAAAGUUGAAAAAGUAGCACGUACAAAAGAUAUUAAUUGUGAAGAUAUGUUUAAUAUGGAGAAACCUGAUGAUGCGUAUGAUAUUGAACUUGAACACAUGAUUCGAAAUGUAACAUCGAAUGUUACAACUCGAGAAAAUAUUUAUUCAAACGCAAUUAAACAAACAUCAAACAUAAUAAAUGAAAAAUUAAAACAAGUUAGUAAUUCAUGUGGUGAUACUGUAAAUAUUCAAACAUCAAAUAUAAACAACGAUAAUUCAAAUGAUCAUGGAGAUCAAGUUCUUAUUGAACGUAUCAGAAAAAAAGAGAAAUAA